GGAUGUGGCUGGCUCUGGGGUGGGUGUUGAGGCUGGUAUUACAUCCUGGGAUGCGGCUGGCUCUGGGGUGGGUGUCGGGGCUGGUAUCACACCCUGGGAUGUGGCUGGCUCUGGGGUGGGUGUUGAGGCUGGUAUCACACCCUGGGAUGCGGCUGGCUCUGGGGUGGCUGUGGGCAGUGUCAUCCCUUGCUCUCCCUGCAGAUGGUCCGGUCACAGCCCACAUCGUCCCGCCGGGGCCCCUGCACCCGCAGCUCGGUGACAACGUGACCCUAACGUGUACGGCCAACUCGUUCCCGGCCCCGCGGUUCCACUGGUCCCACAAUGGGUCUGAUCUGGUCCCAGCCCUGACCAGUGCCGUCCUGAGCCUGGUGCUGAGGGGCGCGGAGCAGAUGGGUGUAUUUGAGUGCCUCGCCACCAACCCCCACACGGGCCGCAGCGCCACUGCCUCUGUCUCCGUCGCCCUGGGGCCGGGGCAGCAGGCAGGAAGUCUGUCAGGCGGCGCCAUCGCUGGCAUCAUCAUCGGGACGCUGGUGGGGUUGGGGCUGCUUGUUUUUGUCUUCUACUACUUCUGGGGCCAGAGCAAAAGGCACAGCAAGAAACCGGUGCAAACUGGAUCCAGGACACCUGUGGCCCCCCAUGGGCCUGACGUCACCCGCAGCGGCCCCCUCAAGGAGGAGGAGGUGAGCUACAGCUCCGUCGCUUUCCGGGCUGGAGGGCUGCAGACGCCGCGGCCCCAAGGCCCCUCCAAGGCCGACACCACUGUCUAUGCUGAGGUCAAGAAGAAGUGACCUGGGCCCCUAGCCCGGGGGGCCCAGGCAGCCCAGACACCGGGGCUCUCCUGUGCUGUGGGUCGGGGUUGGGGGUGAGGGUGGGGGGCAGUGGCCAGGACAUCUGGGCUCUUUCUUGUUCUCCAGCGGGGAGGCUGGGGGCCCAGAUGCCUGGGUUCCCCUCUGCUUUGCAGAGCUGUGCAGUCUGGGGGUGGGGGGGGCUCAC